AUGGGGCGCAAGACGUGGGAAUCACUACCGGCUAAAGUACGACCUCUGCCUAAACGCUAUAGCGUAGUAUUGACACGCAAUACUAGCUAUAAAGAGAGUGUUUCGAAUAAUGUGGGCGUUGCCGCGAGUUUCUACGAGGCACUAGAGCUCGUGCAACAACAAGGAUCGAAAGUGGAUCAGGUGUUUGUCAUUGGAGGAAGCGCCGUGUACGCAGAGGCGUUGGCGUAUCGAGGUUGUAAUAAAGUGUACUUGACAAAGGUGAAGGGUCAGUUUGAGUGUGAUGCUUUUUUCCCUUUAGAACAAUUGAUGCAGAGUUAUAGAGUAGUUGCGGAAUCAGAGAUACUCAAAGAAAAUGGUGUAAAGUUUCAAUUCAUGGAAUGGGAGCGAAAAAAUAAAGAAUUGGAGGAUGUCGAGACCACAGUGUUGGUGGAUAAAACGACGCCACAUGAGGAGAUGCAGUAUUUAAAUCUGAUUCGAACAAUUCUGACGCAAGGAGCAAAGCGUGAUGACCGAACUGGCACCGGGACGCUGUCAGUGUUUGGAGCGCAAAUGAGAUUCAGUCUAAGGAGCAAUGUCUUUCCACUGCUAACGACAAAGAGGGUAUUUUGGCGAGGUGUGGCCGAAGAGUUGCUGUGGUUUAUUAGUGGAAAUACGAAUGCUCACGCGCUUCAGCAGAAGGAUAUUCACAUUUGGGACGGCAAUGGAUCGCGUGAAUACUUGGACAGUAGAGGACUGCAGUCACGUGAAGUGGGAGAUCUUGGACCAGUAUAUGGUUUUCAAUGGCGUCAUUUUGGUGCUAAGUACACGGACAUGCAUGCCGACUAUACCGGUCAAGGCGUCGAUCAGCUUGCCGAGGUAAUCCACAAGCUCCGUACGAACCCCAGUGACCGCCGGAUUGUGCUGUCAGCUUGGAAUCCAGCUGAUCUCAAUGAGAUGGCGCUACCCGUGCCACAUGUUUUGCCAAUUUUACGUGGCAAAUGCUACGCGCUGCUAACGCGUUUAGUAGCUCAGGUGGUCGGACUAAAACCUGGCGAGUUCAUUCAUGUCAUCGGUGAUGCGCAUAUAUAUUUGAAUCAUGAAGAGCCACUGAUAAAACAGCUGACGCGUACACCGCGUCCGUUCCCGACCCUUCACGUAAAUCCUGAGAAGAUUGCAAGCAUUGACGACUUUACAUUUGAAGAUUUCGAAGUGCGGAAUUAUCACCCGCAUGGUGCAAUUAAGAUGACGAUGUCGGUUUAA